AUGAAGGCUGUAGACACUAUACUCUUCGAUGUUUCCAAGAAUGAGAUGUUCAAGAUAAAUGAGAACUUGAAGUUGUUACACAGAAAGUUGAAAACAGCUUGGAAGAUAAUGAUUAAUCGGGACGAGUUAUCGUCUAAUGUAUUACAAGACGUUAAAAUCCUUGUGAUACCUGGACCACAGAACGUGUUCAAUGAUGAUGAACUGGCUCUUAUGAAGAGUGUGGUUGAGAGAGGAGACUCAGUGAUGGUCAUGAUGACGGAUGGCGGAGAAGAAAGAAUGAACACCAAUAUAAACUUCUUCUUAGAAGAAUAUGGUAUUGUUGUUAAUAAUGAUUGUGUUGUACGUGCUAAAUACCACAAAUUUUAUCACCCAAAAGAAUGCCACAUAUCUAAUGGCAUUCUAAACCGCGCUGUUGUGAAGUAUCUUAUGAAAAUGCCAAACUACAUCAGUGAAUCAGACGAUUUUCUUGAGGACCCACCGUCACCUAACUUCGUGUAUCCUUACGGCGCCACGUUGACUGUCAAAAAACCAGCAGUCGGUAUACUCUCCAGCAGUGACGUCUGUUAUCCUGUUAAAAGACCACUCGCUGCUUUGUAUACUUCAGAAAAAAGUGGUGGAAAGCUUUUCGUCAUUGGAUCAGGUCAUUUCUUCACUGAUCAGUAUUUAGAGAGUGAGUGCAAUGACCUCAUUCGUGAAUUAUUUUUCAAUCACCUCGGAGGUGUGGCGGAGUUGGUCUUAAACCCUGUGGACAUAGAAGAUCCUGAUGUGUGUGAGUACCGCACGUUGUGUGAUACUCUCUACUUAUCUCAUCUUCCUCUACCUGAGCCCGCCUCAUGUCCACCGCCGCGACUAUCCCUUCAUCCACACGCACUAGUCGCUUGGAGACUGUUCUCACUGAAUCUAUCACAUUUGCCAGAAGUCUUAGAGUUAUAUGAGGAGCUCAGAAUCAAACAUGAACCUUUAAGACUGAUAGCGCCACAGUUUGAGACGCCGUUCCCACCACUACAGCUAGCGGUGUUCUCCCCCACAUUCCGCGAGCUCCCCCCUCCCCCCCUGGAGCUGUUCGACCUGGACGAGGCGUUCAGCUCUGAAAGGACGCAGCUCGCGAGGAUACUCAACAAAUGUUUACAACCACACACAGACAGGAUGGCUCAAGUAUCUCUCAUCCGAGGUGACAAUCGUCAAUCUGAGUCGGAGCUAGAGUACUUGGUCCGUGAGUGUGGUCGAGCGGUCAGAGUGAGUCGGGCCUUGGAGGACGGACCCGCUGUGAGUGUGUUACACCAGCUGGCUGUACAACUGGCUACGUACAAGAAGAUCGCUCCUAGAGACUAG